CGUGGCCCCGGGCAGAUCUGGGCGCUGGCUGCUGCCCUGGUGGGUCCGUGGCCGAGUGGGAGACCCUCUCCACGCCUCCGGACGGCUGCAGAAUCACCCAUCUGGGGUCCACCUGGCGUCUAGACCUCUCCCUGUAUGAGUGAAAUCACUUUUUCAGAUCGUCCCUGGCAGGACAAGAGCCAGGCCACACAAGAAGAGGAAAACCAGCCACAGAGGCAGGUGCAGGCCGGGGAGCGGUGAGCGGUGAGCGGGAACCUGGAGUCGCCGGGCUUGGACAUGGCUGAGAACUGCUCCUGGGAGGCGCAUCCCACCAGGAACAAGGUGUGUCCCAGCGUGAGCGAGGCCCCGGAGCUCUACAGCCGGGGCUUCCUGACCAUCGAGCCGAUUGCGCCGCUGCCGCCGCCUGCGGUCAUGGACUACAUCUUCCUGCUCCUCUGCCUGUGCGGCCUGGUGGGCAACGGCCUGGUGCUCUGGUUCUUCGGCUUCUCCAUCAAGAGGACGCCCUUCUCCGUCUACUUCCUGCACCUGGCCAGCGCCGACGGCGCCUACCUCUUCAGCAAGGCCGUGUUCUCCCUGCUGAACGCCGGCGGCUUCCUGGGCGCCUUCGCCCACUACGUGCGCAGCGUGGCCCGGGUGCUGGGGCUCUGCGCCUUCGUGGCGGGCGUGAGCCUCCUGCCGGCCGUGAGCAUGGAGCGCUGCGCGUCCGUCGUCUUCCCCGCCUGGUACUGGCGCCGGCGGCCCCGGCGCCUGUCGGCCGUGGCGUGCGCCCUGCUCUGGCUGCUGGCGCUGCUGGUCACCGGCGUCCACAACUACUUCUGUGUGUUCCUGGGCCGCGAGGCCUCCGGGGGCGGCUGCAGGCACACGGACGUCUUCCUGGGCAUCUUGCUCUUCCUCGUCUUCUGCCCGCUCAUGGUGCUGCCCUGCCUGGCCCUCGUGCUGCACGUGGAGUGCCGGGCGCGGCGGCGCCAGCGCUCGGCCAAGCUCAACUACGUGGUCCUGGCCAUGGUGUCUGUCUUCCUCGUGUCCUCCAUCUACCUGGGCAUCGACUGGUUCCUCUUCUGGGUCUUCCAGAUCCCCGCGCCCUUCCCCGAGUACGUCACGGACCUGUGCAUCUGUAUCCACAGCAGUGCCAAGCCCGUGGUGUACUUCCUGGCUGGCAGGGACAAGUCGCAGCGCCUCUGGGAGCCCCUCAGGGUGGUCUUCCAGCGGGCCCUGCGCGACGGCGCCGAGCCGGCCGAGCCCGGGGCCGGCACCCCCAACACGGUCACCAUGGAGAUGCAGGGCCCCUCCGGGAACGCCUCGUGAGGGGCUGGGGGGCCAGGGCUGCCUCGGACGGACGCUCCAGCCCCCAGGCCUGCUUCUCCUAGGGAGGGACGCUCCAAGAGUGGCCGAGAGACUGAGCAGCCUCCUACAAAGGGACGCCGUGGCCUGUCUCCCCCUUAGGGACCCUUUGCACCAAGCCCGGCUCCACCCACCCACCCAGGGCGGGGCAGGGGGUGGCGGUGCCCUUCCUCACCCCGGUCUGGUCAGUGACCGAGAGGAGGGGUCCCAGUGGCCCGCCCCACCUCCCACCCCUGCAGCCAGACCUCCCUGACAGUGCACGGCCGGCACGGCUCCCCCAGGGCCAGCAGCCUCCUCCCAGCCGUGAGGGACUGCAAGCCAGCCUGUAGGAGGUGGUGCCAUUGAGGGGACGGCGCCGGGGGUCCUGCCCCCUGGCUGGGUGUUCCUGCAGAAGCGGCCCCCCUGUGAUGGGCCGUGUGCUGGAGACAGGAGACCCUGCGGCCUCUCAGGAGCCCGGCCGCCCCGGGCAGCCUCCUGACACUCCUCGUGUCCUCCUGAACACUCUGCACCCUCUGGGCAGCCCUGAGCACAGGCCCUGGGCUCCAGCCCCCACCCCAGCCCCUGGGGGGCCCAUACCAGGUGCCCACUACAAGCACAAUGGCCCAGUGUAGCCGAAAGCUGUUUUAUAGGACAACAAACUGUGUAUCAAUAAACAUUUUACAU